AUGAGACCAAUAGAUAACAAUCUAGUGGAUCCACAACACUCUUGGAAACCCCGCUUAACCAUCAACAUCACCAAUAAGGAUUCUCCGUUUCAAAAAUCUUAUCAGGCGGUGACGGUCGACAAAGACGAGAAUAUUGGAUUGCAUGAUCUUCUACUCGGCUUUAGGAAAUGUUAUGAGGGUGUUUUCGCAUACGAGUUGAGACCAGGUACACGAUUGGAAUCAAGGAUACGAUUCAUUGAGGAUUCAAAUGAGGAAAGCGGUCACAAACUUUAUCACUAUGUGUGGGGUCAAACGCGUGUGCGCCUGCGCAGAUGA